AUGGGAGUCACGCAGCAGCGUUUCAAAUUGUCGGUCCAAUGCCGAAUCGAAACUGCUGCAAAAGUGAACAGUCUCGCCGUUGAUGGCAGCCCGGUGAUCAAACAAGCGGUUGAUUAUCUGAAGGGCAUCUUCAACAACCACACUUACCGGCAUUGGUAUCGUCCUUCCGCACAAUACUUUUCAUGCAAGGCAACCGUAGCCCAACCAAGCGACACGUCUCUCAGCUCGAUCACAAAGCACUCAUACGAAUCUAAAAGCAAAGCUUUGACGCUUCUGAACAGAACAGAUAGUGCCUAA